GGGGGGCGGCGGCGAGGCCCGGCGGCACAGGACGCCGCCCCGCCGCCGGAGGAGGGAGCAGGCAGCAGGCAGGAGGCGGAGCUCCGCCGCUCGGCCCCAGUGAUUUUCAAAUUGAAAACAAUGGGUAGAAAAGAUGCCUCUACAGCGAGGACUCCUGUUGACCAAUACAGGAAACAAAUAGGAAAACAAGAUUAUAAGAAAACCAGGCCUAUGUUAAGAGCAACAAGAUUAAAAGCAGAGGCCAAGAAAACUGCACUAGGCGUGAAGGAAGUUGCCCUUGUCCUUGCAGCUAUAUUGGUAUUUUUGUUGGCUUUCUAUGCUUUCUUUUAUCUUAACAUUUCCAAUGAAGUUGACCUUGAUCUGGAUCCAGAUGAAAACUAGCAGAUGCAAUGAAUCUAUCAUCACGAUUUCUUCAGCUUGAACAAGACUACGUAGGAAUACACAGUCUCUUCACUGUGAGACAGUAAACAAUGCCAUUUCUUGCAGUCCAAAUUAGUAAGUUUUGCAAUACAUCAGUUGCUUCUACAUUCCAGAUCUCCAAAAUAAACGAAGAACACUCACGCCCGGCAAGUAUAUUUGCUUAACGCUGAAGCCAGGAGCUGCAGUACAACACAUGAAGUUUAUUGUUUACAUUAUUUUUUCUCAGGCAGAGAACUUUGAUGUCAAAAGACAGGUGCUAUUAUUAUCAUGGGUAUUGAUGCUGACUUCACAGGAGAAGAAUCUGCCUUGAGUAAAUUUAGGAAUCAAAGCUUCCUAAUAGCCAAAUUAAGUUCCUUUCCCUUUCCCAAGAGGAAGCAGAAAUACCAAAUAAAAUAAUCUUUUAUUGUUUAAUAUUUAAAGUAUAUCAAAAAACCCUCAAUCUUUCUCUCCCUUUUAAUCUUUCUUGUAAAUGUGUGCGCACACAUGCACACACAAAGAUGGAAGAAAUUGUAGGAAAAAAAUAUCUUUUUAGAAGCAGUCUGUCACCUCCUAUAUGGACUUAAUUUUAUGUCAUCCCAGAUUCUGUGUGCCCAUAUAUCUACAGUAAUCUUUUUCAUUCUUUCGCCAACUGUUCAGCACACAUGUGUUCUGUCAGAAAUGGCACCUGGAUGACAGAAGCUCUAGCAUUCGCAUAUGCCUCUGAAACACAGUUCUUUGCCUCCUGUGCUGUCUGAACUAGUGUAAAUAGAAAGUUCAGUCGAUGUUGGGUUUAAUUAGUGUAUUGCUCUAUUAUUAAUAUAAAGUCAAAAGUAUAUUUUAAUUAUACUCUUCCUGUUGUUUGUGGUAUCAACUGGCUCUACCUGUGAGGGGGAUGUUGUAAAAAAUUCUUUGUGGUUAUACAAUCAUUUUUAUCAUCAAACUAAUGUGUGAAGUUGUCAGUAUUAAGAGGCUUUUUUUUUUAUGUACACUUCUAAUAAUUGGGAAAAUCUUGGCUCUGUGUCAUCCUUUAAUUUUCACAAAGUCUCUUUCAGAAUAUGCAGUGUAGAUAACAUUUCUGAUACCUUUGAUAACCACAAGCAACUUGAAGAAGUUGGUAUGUCAAAACAGCUGCAGGGAGCUGUUAAAUUCUGCCUUUACACUGUUCUGCUUCAGCUUCAGCAUAUUACUGAGCUUAUGGUUUAAAGGUUUUGGUUUGAUCCUUUAAAUUUGUGGUCAGUCUUUCUCUAGUUUGGUUUUGUUUUGAAACCAAGAAGAGCAUGGAACCAUUAGUGCUGAAUGUGCAAAUGAGUUAGGCAGAUUAACUUCCAGAAAAGCUACUAUAAUUCUGAAAUUUUGUUAGCAGACUAGCUUGGUUGUGUCUUUGAUACUAGUCUGUGGGCUGAAGGUUAGGUUUAAUUGUAAAUGAGACAUUUACUGACUUGUUCCAGAAAUGCCUGAGUAAGAUUCCAUACACUGAUUUUGAAGACAAAGGCAUACCAAAUCCUAGCAACUAUUAUAAUGGAAAAUAUAUUUAUUUUAAAUUGACACAGUCCCAUUAUCACCACUUAAGGAACUUAGAUCAAUGCAGUUAAUUUUUAAACCAUACAGUAACUAUGACCAUAUACGUUAUGACUCUCUAAGGAUACACUUCUUAUCUCUCGUACUCCUCAUUCCCUUUAUGUAAUGCAAAACAACUCCUCUAGAAAUUCAGAGUACAACCGUCUUCCAAGAAUAUGAAAGGGAAAAACAUACACAUGCAAAUAUUUCUCAUUUUCUAAUUAUGACUGUUACAGACACAAAAUCUUAACAUUUAUACAUUCAUAUGACUUAUAGGCGGCUAAUACUCUUAUACGUGACCAAACGCUUACCAACAUGUUGAAUUUAUGGUGAAGCAUUUUCUGACACAUGGCCCGCCUUUCAGUGCAGAGAAAAGCAUAUCACAAUCUGUCUUCUUGGAUGUGACAUGCCGUUCAUUUCACCAGUGCCACACCACAUGUCACAGAACCUACAGACCUCUCCUUUUACUUUGCAUGAGCAAUUUUCUUGUUCCAUAAAAUGCUGGAAGGAUUGCUUUCUUAAUGUGUGUAUGUAGCUCCCUGGGUGGUCUGUGGUCUCAGAAUGAUGUGUGGUUAUCCCCAUCAUGCAAGUUGUCUCGUAACUUGCUUUCUGAAUUGGUUACAUUAAAAAGCAUGCUAUUCUUACUGUCAAAUUUAUGAAGUUCUUAGAACAUGAAGAUCUCAUUUCCCAUAAUUAUGACUCAUAGACAAAAUCUGAAGUGCAUAAAUGUGUGACUGAAGCAACUUUCCUGUUUUGUGGCUUAUCAGUCCAUAUUGCCCACAAGUGCCAUAGUUUGCAGUUUGUCUGUUGGCUUCAUUAAGGUUAGGCCUUCUCAUUUACAUGAAAGAUAUUUUCAUGUAAUGAGAAGAUUUUCUGUUGCUUAAAUAAACUGGAUAGAGUUCUGUUCAGUGUACACAGAAAUUCCUGGUAAAUAUUGCAGCAAGCACACUGUGUCUCUUAUCAGCACAAUAAUUUCUAAUGGAACCAUGUCAAUAUGUUUUUAAAGCUAAAAGCUUCCACCUUUCAUAAAAUUUUUCAUUCCUGUUUUUCUAAAAGGCACAAGCACAACAACAUUAACAAUGAGUUUGGAUUAUGAGCUUACUCAUUUAUGAAUUCGCUGAAAUUACAGCUGAUUUACUCAAAGAAGAUCAUAAUCUAACCAGAAGUUAUUUUUACUUUCUAGUGACCAUACCUGGUAAUUUAGGAUAGGGACUGAUUUGAAUCUUGCAAACAUGUGGCUUAUUUUGCUCUUAAUUAUAUCACAGACUGAAAUAUGCCUCCUUAUUUUUGGACCAUCUAUCUUUGUAUGAGUUGCUUAGUGCCUAUGUUAAUAAUAAAUGUGUUUGUAUUAUCUUUGUGCUCUUAUUAAUGUUGGAGGUGUCACAUUGAAUUACAUAUACAUUUUAAAGGACACUAAAGCAAUCUGGACAGCACAAUGUUCAAAUGUGCACAGUGAUAUUCACCAGCUUUAGAAUAUUUGUAUUAUUCUAUACCUUUCUAACCUCUGAGCUCAUAUUCAAACUAAGUGUAGCCUAUGAAUACUUAAAAGACAAUAAAGAGAACUUCCCUUGGCAUCUUAUCCAAUACCAAUACAGCAGAUUUUCUGUAGAUGAAGUUGUUCCGUGUAGCUCCCAUCAACUUCAGACAAGUUGACUUUAUUAUAAAAGUGAUACUUUUAUACACUUGCUUCAAAGAAAGAUUGCUGAUCAAAUCACUUACACAGCAGCCGUGGCUUGACUGGGUAGGUUUUUUCAAGGGUAUUUACCUCUGGGAACAGGGCAGACUUCAGUCUGCUUGUGGAGUAAACAGAGUUUCUUUCAGGCAGAGGUUGUGGUGGAGAUGCCUGUACUGGGCCCUCACGCAGUGGGUGGGAGAGGAUGUCCCAUCUGGAAGAGUCUCUGGCUAGGAAGGCACGACAGCCUUCCAGCAGUGAUUUUGCUCAGUAAAUAUUUCCUCAGCAGUUUUUCUUUUCCCUUUGAUCCUACAGAGGCAGAACCAGCAUGUAGACCAUCUCAGGACAGAAGCCUCAGUAUAGCAGUUUUACUAGUGCUGCUGGUGAGCAUUGCCAAGGAAAGGCUUUAACUCUAUUUCCUAGAGUCCAUAAAUAUAUUUUACUGGAAGCUUAGGAGGCAUGUUAAGCAUUUCCCUAAUGGACCCUAGAGAUGUAUUUAAACUUUUGUUGAAGAACGCUUUAUUUAAACUUCACUGUUGCAUAUCAUAUGGACAUCAUGUGAUUCAGGGUAUGUCAUAGCUCCUUCCAUUCAUCAGACCAGCUUGUAGCAGGGACAGCACGUACAUAACUGCAAAGAUGUACAACACCAGCAAACUCAUCCUUUCAUUUAGGUAUAAUCUAGAAUAGUUGACCUAACAAGCUGUGUUUGGAAGCAACUUCUAAACAACCCAACUAAGCGAAGGCACAGUGGAAGCCCUACAAAACUACCCAUCCCAUGUCCAUGAAAACUGCUACCAAGAAAGAGGCUUUUCUGCUGAAUUAGGGCCAAGUUUUGAAUGCUGCCCCUUCGGAGAGGAAAACGUUGCUAGCAGCUCCCAGUAGAGUGAUGAUUCAUUUUGCUCUGAUGUAUGGGAUUGUGCCUAUAAAAGGCACAACUGAGCCAACUGGUGAAGGUCAAAUGCAUUUGGGACAAUUUUCUGUAACGUACUGUACUUGAAAUGCAGACUAUGCAAGUUAGUGUGCCAACAAACAGGAUACUACAGAUCUUGAUCGCAUUUCAAGUUUUACUUACAGUAGCAUAAUAAUUAGUGAUGCUUAUGACUAAGAAAAUAACAAUAUGGCACAUCAAUAAGACAGCAGAAAUGUGACGUUGGAACUGCUUCUUAAAAGAUUUUGUGGUGGAUUAUGCCUGCACUUUGGGAAAUGAAUCCAUGAGAUAAAUAAACUGGCAAAGAUUGUCUGUGAUCAUAUGCUUACAAUAUUUUUCCCUGAAAGAGCUGACGCUGAUAUAUCGCGGCACUUUUCCCCAUCAUCCUCUUAGUUUGCUGUAAUACAUUCUUUCGUAGAUGUAUUUCUACACUUUUCCAAGAGUGAAGAAAUAUUUUUUUGUAGUUUAUCAAUGCAUUUAACUGACAGAAUCCUCUACUCUUCUUCCACCCCCACCCCCCCUUAAUCAGAACCAAAUUGGUGGGGAGACAGCCAAAAUGUUAGGUACCAGUGUCUCUCAAGCAGAUGUCACACCACUAUUUUUUAGCUCGUUUAAAUGAAUAAACAUGUUAAACUGUGAAGUAUUACAUUUUGGAUUUUUUCAUUUAAAAAAAUGGGACAAUCUGUUUACUGUCCUUAAUUGAGACAACAAUCCUGGUGGUUGCCAGUUUUGGCAGUUUUAACGAUGAACUAUAAAUAUUGGGACAAAUCAACUAACUGGUGAUUGUGAAGAAUAGUUCAAGUAGAAGCCUCAUUUUGCAUGAGUACUUUUUUCAGUGCUAUAUAUUUUUUCUAACUUCUAUAAUUGUUAUACUGUUUUUGCAUGUUAAAGCCACAAAUAAAUACAUGACUAGUCAAACGAGAGUCCUGAUUCCCUUGUCUUAUUCUUAGUCACUGAAAAGCAGAUAAAAGCUGACAGCUUAUCUAGUUUUUCCAAAUUCUUCCCAAAAGGUGUUUGUUCUGGUCAGUUUUUAGGUAUGGAUAUUAUGAGAUAUGAAAAGCUUCAUUUUGCUGCACCUUCGAAGAAGUGAGCAGCAUACAGAUCUUUGGGAGUCUGCCAUUUCACAAGGAAAUUGUAGGAAUUUAUAAAGCAGAGGCACAGGAGGUAAGUAUGGAGUAUGGUGACAAACUGAUGUCUUUGUCCUAUCACAGCCCCCCUGGGAAUGAGAGUGGAAAGAAAAAGAACAAAAAUGGCCAGUUCUUCCAGCAGACAGCCACCAUGCAAGUCACCAUGUUGCUGGAGAAGAGGGUGGAAGAAAUGCUAAUUCUGAUGUCAAAUCAGAGCUCACUCAACUUUUUAUUUUUUGUAGGGAAAAAAAAAAAGGGGGAAGGGGAGCAGGAGGAAAUAAAGAUGUCUGAAACGAAGCAGCUUCUCGCUGGAUCAAUGGUUCAUAUAUUUAAGUAAGGAAUAAACUGGGUUUGGUAAAUUUACACCUGGCUAACUGUUGCUACCUUCACAUUAAAAACAACAACCAACAAAAAAGCCAAGCUAAAGUAGCAUUGUGUGUCUGCUAUUGAGUUAAAUGUAAAUGUUCUUACUGAUAUUGGCAAUGUCUUCAUUUCUCUGGAGACACCUUCUUCUCCUGUGAUCUGAACAGCAGAGAGGACAGACAGGGAGGGAAAUGGCCGGGGAGCCCUUUUGCUGAUUCUGCACUCCUCAAACAUCACCCCUGCUCAGCAGGGAGCUGCUGGUGUUUGGAGUGUACUGCACUCCUGGAUUGCUUUGGACAGGCUACAAAAAAGAACAGAGCAGUGCUUAACCUAGAGGGCGAGUCUCCUACCAUCACUGGAGCCUGAUUUGUUACCACAAAUAAAGAGAAGCUGAGAGGUUGAGGCUUUUUACUUUUAUUUAUUGGGUUCUCAGAGAGGUGCCAGAAAAGUCUUUUUUUGUUGUUGUUGUCUGUUUGAAACUUGUUUCUGCAUAGUUGUUUGCCUUACUCAGUGUGGGACUGCUUUCCAGUAAAAGGGUGCCAGGCUCAUGCUUACUACUUUUGGUAGGAAGUCUGUAGACAUUAUUCUUUUGCAAGGGCAGGAUGAGCUGCCACCUGCAUUGCUCUCACCUGGCUGAAACUGAAGAGACCUCAAAUAGUUAUUACGCUAUAAUACAGAAAGACCUGCUCUGCUUUGGGAAGGACAGUAAAAUCUGAAGUCAGGGAGAUUUUUUUUGAGCCUUUCUUACCUCAGGAGCUUUCACACUGGCCCACAUAUUUAGAGUUCUUAUGUCAUUAUCUGCUUUCUUGUCUUCUGAUGGCUUCCUUUAGCUUCUCAUUUAAAAAGAUGAGCUAAGGUGCUAUAGUUUUCUAAUUAAAGCAGGGCUGCUUUAAUAACUGUAGCAUGGGUUCUUGCUGCCCAAAUGAGCUUGUGACUGUCCCUUCUUAAAAGUCAGAUGGUCGUAUCUGUGUUUAUUUGUUCAUUAACUGUAGCUAUUCUCAAUCUGCUCGUCUCAGGCACUACUUUACCUUUGUGCCACUGUGUCUUUGCCCUUCAAAUAAUAAUAGAAAGUGCUGAACAGAGAAGACAGUAGAGGGGCUUCUUCAGAUUACUGGAGACAGUAGAGAGGCUUCUUCAGGUCUUUGAAGAGCAACAUUUUACUUGGAGAGCAACUUUUCAUUAAUGCAGAUAGUGAUAGGACAAGGGGGAAUGGCUUUAAACUAGAAGAGGGGAGAUCUAGUUUAGAGGUUAGGAGGAAAUUCUUCACUCAGAGGGUGGUGAGGAAAUGUCACAGGCUGCCCAGAGAAGCUGUGGGUGCCCCAUCCCUGGAGGUGCUCAAGGCCAGGCUGGAUGGGGCUUUGGGCAACCUGGUCUGGUGGGAGGUGUCCCUGCCCAUGGCAGGGGGCUGGAACUAGAUGGGCUUUAAGGUCGCUUCCAACCCAAACCAUUCCAUGAUUCUAUGAUUACCAAAGCCACAAAUUCACUUAAAGUUGGGCAACCUAUGUUAGGAAAAUUUUUCCAGAUUUUGAGUAUGAAAAGCAGCCCUUUAAAACCUGCUGUAUUCCUGUGAAUGUUAUUUAACAGUCUUCACACUUAUACAUGAAGACUUGUGAGUUCACAUUAAAGUAAGGCAAGCUAAAAACAUGAUUGUAUUAUUCAUGACAAUACUGCAGAUUUAUUUAUUUGUUUAUUUCUCAUAGACAUUCAUCAUCUUUAAUUAAUAGAAAAGCUGUUUUGUUUUGGUUUAAUACAGUUUGGUCAAAUGUAGCAUCUCAUUUGAAAUGUUACACAAUGGUAAUUUACCUCUCUUUGCUUAAGGGUUGCAUCAAAAUAGGAAUUACUUGUCAUAUGUAUGAAUUUUUCCAAAGACUGUGAUGCUGAAAUUUGAUAAUUUCUUCUUGGAAAUUUCAGAUCUAUAACUCUAACAAGAGCAAAGGUUUUGAAACUAUUCCUUGACUGCUAAUUUUACCUUCUGUAUUUGGAAAUUUUCGGCUUGAUAUCAUGUUGGAGUUUGUAAUUCCUGAAAAACAACUGAAAAGAAAAAAAUAAACAUGUACGAGACUCUUC